AUGGGCGAGCCAACACUCAAGACGCUCCUCACGGCUGGUAAUGCGCUCCUGGAGCCACCAAACCCGCUCCCAUCGGCCCCACCAGCGCUCCUCCAGCGCCUAAAGGCCUCUGGCGAGCUACUCCCAUGGCGUGAACGCCCAGGAUGGACUGAGGACCUCGAACUAGAGGAGAUCGGUGAUGACGACACAGACCCGGCGAAGCGCAAGAAGCGCCGUGACGCACUAGUGAUGCUCGUUGGCCAGCGCUCACUCGAUCUCCUCGUCGCUAUGCAGGGCGUGCUGGUCAAAGAGUUCUGGCCGGCCGAGCACAAGGACGGCCUGGUCGAGAAGGACUUUCUCCUUGGAACCGCGGACUUACGCCUCGUUCGCCUUCUACUGCAGCAUGCGCUCGUCUCAUACCUCCUCCCCCUCACGCUAGCCUAUGUUGCGGGCCUGCGUUCCCGUGCGGCUGUCGACGCCCGCCUCCCUGCGGCAGUGAGCACCUUCCUCUCACUUACCGAUACGCCUUCCCCGCCGAGCGGUGGGAGUACGCGUAUCCCACUCACGAACAUCACACAGUCCAUUCUCUCCUCAAACUUGCCACCGCUUAUGCUCGCGGCCAUCGCCGUGGGCUGGACACCGUCCGCCCCGCCCGCCACCUACUCCGGCCUGCGGGCACAGCUCCUCCACGCCCUCUCAGCGCUGUCGCCGACGCAGGCGAUGGGUGCGCUCAGCACUGCUCUCAAGAUCGUCGGCGCGGGCAAGUCUCGCCCUCCGAAGGGGUGGACACGCACGUGGCCGGCAUAUGUCGAGGGCACGCUUGGCACGCUGCUCAGCAAUCAGGUGUUGAGGGUGGGCGGGGUCAAGGCCGUGAUGGAGAAUGUGUUCGGCGAGGUUGGGAAUAUGUCGGGGGAGGGUGUCGACGGGCCCAAACUCGACCGCAUUGCCGGCCUUCUCUCCCGAAUCCCGCGUAACAGCUCGGCAGAGACGUACAUCGCCUACGUCCUCGAGACGCUGUUUGGGCUCAUGGGCGAGGCGGCCGCACCCCUGGUGUACAGUCAUACCGCGGCGUACGUGGUGCACCACCUCUGGGCGACGUCCCCAGUCGCCGUGGAAUGGCUCGAGCAGCACCUCCACAGCCCCUGGAACCCGAAGCCGGUGGAGGGCGUGGUCCUCCCAGCGGAUAGCGUGAGGUCCGCCGUGGCUGCUGCGGCUCGGCUCGUACUCCACGCUCCACCAUCGCCCGAGUUCACGAACUUUGUCAUUGGCCCGAUCCUACCUCAGACAUUUGCGUUGUACGUUCUCCUCAAGCCGGCUCAGCCAACGAUGCUCUCCAAAGCAAAGGAGAAGGAUAAGGAGAGUGGCCUUGCCGCCGACGUCCAGCUUCUUCUAACAUCGUGGGGCAAGCUCGUAGGCAAGGAUGACGCCGUCAAAGGUAUCUGGUCUAUCAUUAUGGGUGGCCACGGAUGGCCCACCUCAGAAACGGGGGAGGUCAUGCAUUGGCAGAAGGCCGACGACGGCGCCGAGUUAGUCUACGGCUACCCGCACUCUGAUGUCCCCUUGCAGACGGAUGCAAUGGACGUCGACGACCUCCAGCUCGGCGACCUCGACCUUGCACCUGACCCCGUGGUACUGGCGGGCGCCUUAAAGGAUUUCGGACGCGCUGACGUGUCGUCCGAGGUCUUCCUGCGCGUAUUGGACGAAUGGCGCGUGCGCGCGUCGACUGACAGCGAUCCGCUAAAGUCACUCCUCUUCCUCCGCCUCACCCUGUCUAUGAUGGAAACACUUGGAGACAAGGUACUCGCGGAUCCGCAGCACGUGCUGGCGUUCGUCGAGGGCGUGCUUAACGACGAGGCGACGUCACUGCCCGAGACAAAGCCGCUUAUCCAGGAGGUCGGCGAUGAGGAUGUGGAAAUCCCGGAUCUUACAGAGGAGGGUGUCGAACAGCUUGGCCUUCUGGAGACGGCCAUCAGCCUACUCCUCGCGACACUCGAGAACGAAAACAUCACCUUUGCCACUAGUCCGAUUCUGCACCCCAUCUCUGCUCACCUUUCUGCGCUCGAAUCCGCAUCAUCAGCACAUGUACGGCAACUUGCACGUGAAGCGACACUCGUCCUCCUCGUCCGGCGCUCCGCUUCUCUCUCAGCCGGUGGACAGGUAUCUGAGUCGGUCGCGACAUACCGCCGCGCCCUCACGCUCAUUGCCGACCCCAUUCUACCAGUGCGCGCACACGGCCUCGUCCUUCUUCGCGAGCUCGUCUUCCGGCCUGACUACGAUACCGCACUUACUCCUGCAAUCUUGGACGUGUACAUGCAAGCGCUCCAGGACGCGGACAGCUACAUCUACCUCAAUGCGGCGAAGGGGCUGGCAGCUAUGGCCGACGCGCUAGGGAAGGAGAUCCUUCGAGCCCUUAUCCGUGUUUACGGUGGCGGGAUGGAAGGGAUGGACAAGCGCCUCCGCAUCGGCGAAGCACUUGAGAUGGUGAUCAAGCGCGCGGGCAAGGCAUUCGCGGCAAACGUCGGCAUCGUCGUGCCCCCGCUCAUGGGCGUGUUCCGCGACGCUGGGGCACCGACUGUACUGCGCACCUCAGCUCUAUCGCUGCUCUCGACAGCCGCAGAGGAGGACCAUCUCGCCCUCCUUCCUUGGGCAGCUGAACUCGCAUCCGCAGCGGUGGACCUGGUUCAGAUCGAGAGCGUGACUGCUUCGCCGUUUAAGCCUUCCAAGGCGGAGCCGGAACCGAAACCCAAGCCAAAAGUCAUGCUCGUCGAGGACGAUGAGCCCGAGCCUGAGUCUGAGCCACAAGAGCAGGGACCUCGUACUAUUGAUGCGGACCCUACUGCUGCAGACGCGAAGCAUCCUGCCCUCCGGCGUGCCGCGCUCGUGUUCCUCGGCCUGCUGGCCGCGUCCCUCAUCGAGGCCACCCAGGCGACUCAGCAAGAGAGCGGAGAAUUUAAGCUCCGUCUGCCGGGCCAAGUACAUCCCGAGAAGAAGCGUAACGUGACCCUGGACAAGAGGGUGCUCGACCGAGCGGUUACGGUGUUGAGAUAUGUGGCCGGGACCGAUGUGGACGAGGUCACGCGCGGACAGGCUGCGUCUCGCCGAAUUCGCAUGCUUCUCUCGGCGUUCCCGUUCGCCGUUACCCACACAUCAUCGACUACCAUGCAGAACCUCGGGCGAUACAUUGUUCCCCUCGCGCUUGGCGCAGCAGUCAUCGACAGCUCGCUGUACGAUGUGCCGGGAGGCUAUCGGGCUGUCAUGUUCGACCGCUUUACCGGUGUCAAGCCGACGUCGACCGGCGAGGGUACACACCUCCUCAUCCCCGGGCUGCAGCGCGCGAUCCUGUUCGACUGCCGUAUCAAGCCGAGGAACAUCUCGACCACGACCGGCUCGAAGGACAUGCAGAUGGUGUCUCUCACCCUCCGUGUUAUGAGCCGCCCGGACCUCAACGCGCUCCCGCUCAUCUACCAGAACCUCGGUCUCGACUACGACGAGCGUGUGCUCCCGUCCAUCGGUAACGAGGUGCUCAAGGCGACUGUUGCACAGUUUGACGCCUCGGAGCUCAUCACGAACCGUGAGAUUGUGUCGGCGCGUAUCCGUGACGACCUCCUCAACCGUGCCAAGGAAUUCCACAUCCAGCUCGAGGAUGUGUCGAUCACGCACAUGACCUUCGGCAAGGAGUUCACCACCGCCGUCGAGCAGAAGCAGAUCGCACAGCAGGACGCUGAGCGUGCCAAGUUCGUCGUCGAGAAGGCCGAGCAGGAGCGCCAGGCCUCCGUCAUCCGCGCUGAGGGUGAGGCCGAGGCUGCCUCCACCAUCAGUGCGGCCCUUAGCAAGGCUGGUGACGCCUUCGUUCAGUUCAAGAAGAUUGAGACGGCGCGCGACAUUGCCCAGUCCCUCUCGCAGAACCGGAACGUGGCGUACGUGCCUGCGCAGAACGGCAACCUGCUGCUCCAGGUGCCUCCGCAGCCGCCCGUCGUGUAG